AUGAUAAUCGCUGUGACAUCGGUUCCCGCCUCCGUCGCCCGGAACCCCCAUAAAGCGACGCCACCGCUCUCGCCAAAAUUCGAGGCGAACGUCGGCUACCCACCGGCUCAACGGAGCCCGUCGACACCGUCGGCUCAUCGACGUGUCUUUCCACCGCCACCGUCUCCCACUACACGUCGUCCCGCCUCUCAACUUCCACCGUCUCCAAAAUUGAGUCGGAGCACACCGAAAAUGGUGGCGAGGAAGGCGAUGGGAGCAGGAGCUCCGCCGACGUCGCCUUCCAUGUCGUCACCGCAGAUUACACGGUUGAGAGUUAAUGGGCGAGUGGUGAGGGUGACGGCGAUUAGACAGAGUGCUUAUUAUUCGUCAUCCGAAGACGAGGAUAGUAUCAAUGGCGGAACUCUCGGAAAGAAGGACGGUACACUGACACGACCGCCACAAACUGCGCCGAGGACCUCUUCGUUGUUGUCCAACAAGAAAAAGGAGACACCCUCAACAACGACGUCGUCAAAUGCGGUCCCCCCACCGCCAAUAUCAAAAAAUACGGCAGAACGGAGAAGUGGGACAAGAAAAGAGAGAGCUGUCGAGGAUAUGUUGAGAUUAGUUCAGGAGAACAGGGAUCGACAUGAUCAACAAAAAAAGGACUACGGAGAGUAUGUUCAAGCGAGAAUUCGACCGAAAGCACCGAGUGGAGAAGUGAUUCGAGUGUCACGACAAGACUAUCGAAAUAGUAAAAUUAUUGUGACCGAUGGAGAGGCCAUCAGGAUUUCACCGCAUCGAGAGGAAAUCGAGACAACAAUUGAGGAAUCAACGUCCCUACACGAUCACCAUCACGAUCACGACGAUGAGGCUGUCUAUGUGAAUACGACAAUCGGCGGAGGGAAUAAUGGAGGAAGUCAUGGAAGAAUUCCCGAUUCGCCCGGUGAUGAUUAUCAGAAUGCUGUUCUGCCUCUCAAACAGACGAAAGUGUCGUCGAAGAUUCAGAAUGUUGUCAAUGCUCUACAGACGGUCUCCUCAACGGGACCAUCUUUAUUCAGCCCCGCGUCGCGUAAGCUAUCCAGUGAGAAUCACAAGGAAUACUUGGCUCAACUUCACUCUCGCAAAGCGGUAUCGCUGAAAGAGAAGAAGGUGAAACAGCAGCGAUCGGCGGAGGAGGGAUACGCAUCGGCCUCACCGUCCACCGCAUCGUUGGUACCCUCUCGGCCACCACUACCCAAAUAUCAUCAUGUUUGUGAGCCGAGUUAUGGUGAUGAGGAUGAUAUUCUGCUGGAUGACGGUGCUACGGUAACGUCUUCGGUGGAUUUUGUCCCAGGAUUUGUCCGAAGGGCAACACGGAGCUCAGAACAAAUCCGACGUCAUCGAGACUUUGUGAGCAACUCUUGCUCGGCGCCAAGCACUUCUAGUGGUGAGGAGUACGAAUGGUCGUUUGUACGACGACAAAGUACGGAGCAAGAAGAGAGAGAGAUGAAGAAUGAGGAGGAUGAGAUGACGAUCGGAUGGACACGACGACAACACAGAUUUAAGAAGUGGAAGUUGAAUCAGACGAUUCAUGAGUUGGCGAGACCACGAAGCAAACCGCUUCAAGACUACUACAACGACGAUGACGCUGAACUAGAAGCGAUGGCGAAAAUCCGUGAUCCAGAGGCUCCCCGUCCGGAGGGAACAAUCAUGAAUCCAGUGAGAGGAGAGGCCGCCCAUUCCAAUACAAAUAACACAAUGCCCCGAAGUUUGGACAGCGCAUUCCAUCGAUUCGGUACGACGGCGGCGAAAAAUGUGGCGGCAAUGGUAUUGGAUCAAUCGGCGAAACCGUCGACACAACUGACAUAUGGAAAACUUCAUAGUCGAGCUGGCAAAGUGGCUCAUAUGUUACUGACGAAAACGGUGCAAAUUAAUAAGGAUGGAACGAAGAAUUGUAUGUGUAAACCCGGUGAUCGUGUCGCAUUGAUCUACCCGAAUACUCAGCCAUUGCAUUUCCUGGCGGCGUUUUACGGAUGUCUUCAAGCUGGCGUCAUCCCUGUCCCCGUGGAAAUGCCAUCGUCGAAACGGGAAGCUGGAAUUGCUCAAUUGGGAUUCCUCCUCGGAAAUUGUGGAGUGAAAGUCGCCCUGACUUCCGAGUCGUGUUAUAAGGGACUACCCAAGAAGGUGAACACGUCUUCUGUGUUCUCGGCGCCUUCUGGAUCCACGUCACUCACUGGAACAGCGAAUGAAAUUGUGGAUUUUAGAGGAUGGCCGAGACUGUGGUGGGCCGUUACCGAGCAUAUGUCAAAACCAGCGAGAGAUUGGACGGCACCCCCUCGAUUAGCAGAUGAAACGAUUGCAUACAUUGAGUAUACGACUGGAAAUGAUGGAACAGUGAAAGGAGUUUGUGUGACGAGACAAGCCGUCUUUGCACACUGUCGUGCACUCACCACAGCCAUGGAGUAUAAAGAAGACGAAACAAUGGUAUGCGUCGUGGAUUUCAAACGAGAAGUCGGCCUAUGGCACGCGAUUCUCGCGUCAGUCUUCAACGGAAUGCGCGUGAUCUUCGUACCGUACUCCCUAAUGAAAAUGAAUCCGGCGACGUGGAUGCAUAUGGUCUCAAAGUAUCAAGCGACGACGGCACUCGUCAAAUCACGUGAUCUACACUGGGCACUUCUCGCCACUCGAGAUCACAAAGAUAUCUCAUUGUCGUCAUUGCGGACGCUUCUGGUGGCUGACGGUGCCAAUCCGUGGUCACUUUCUUCGUGUGACGCGUUCGCCGCGGCGUUCUCACCGGCGCCUUACAAUUUACGCCCUGAUGCAAUGUGUCCGUGUGCUGGUAGCUCAGAAACUGGAACCAUCUCGAUCCGGAGGCGGGGCAACGCUCAGUUGGGAAGCCAAAGUGGGCGGGGCGUACUGUCGAUGUCGGCGUUGAGUCAUUGUGUUGUGCGGGUCGAUCAGGAGAACUCGUUGACUAGUUUGACGUUGCAGGACGCCGGUCAAAUAGUCGCCGGAGCAGUCGUCGUCGUGACGGCAAUCGACGGAUCGAACCGCCUGUGUCAAGCAGAUGAAAUCGGUGAAAUCUGUGUGUCCGCGAAUUCGACGGCUCAAUUAUAUUGGGCAUUGGACGGUCAAACACAGCACACAUUCAAAGUGGAACCAAUCGGAGAGUACGGUAAACCAAUCGGCGCCGUCCGUUAUGUUCGAAGUGGUCUCAUCGGAUUCAUGGGACCCGAUGGAAUGGUAUUCGUUGUGGCACGUCGUCAAAGUCUUCUGGCGGUAUCUGGAAGGUAUCACUCGGCCGAUGACAUUAUUGCGACGGUGUUGGCGGUCGAGCCGAUGAAAUUUGUGUAUCGUGGAAGGAUUUGUGUGUUCUCGACGAGUGUGUUGCGGGAUGAACGAAUUGUGAUUGUGGCCGAGCAGAAACCGAAUUGCUCUGAGGAGGAGGCGUUUGAUUGGAUCACCCGAGUGCUCCGCGCCAUCGACACAAUCCACCAAGUGGGAAUCUACUGUUGCGCCCUCGUGCCCGCCAAUCAUCUGCCGAAAACCCCACUGGGCGGAGUCCACGUAUCGGAGACGAAACAACGAUUCGAGAACGGAGAUCUCCAUCCGAGUACUCUUCUGAUGUGUCCCCAUAAUUGUGUGUUGAAUCUGCCGAAGCCCCGGGAGAGACAAGCGGACGUCGGACCGGCGGCAAUGUUCGUCGGAAAUAUUGUACAAGGAGUACGCAUUGCCGUCGCCAAGGGAAGGAAUAUCGAUGAUGAACCGUCGCUCCCCCUACUGGAAUGUCUCCGCUCACGUGCUCAAACCUCACCGGACCACCGUAUUCUCACCCUGGUCACCGCAAAAAACGCCGAACAAGACACGGCGACAUGCGCGACACUCUUGAAACGAGCGGAACGAAUCGCCGGUCUGCUCACCGAUAGAGCACGAUUGAGUAGAGGAGAUCACGUCGCGUUGAUCUUCCCGCCAUCCAUCGAUCUGGUCGCCGCGUUCUUCGGAUGUCUGUCGGCGGGUCUCGUACCGGUUUGUAUCAGACCGCCCGUCGCCUCGGAUCUCAAUACGACGUUGGGACCGAUAAGGAUGAUGGUCGAUAUGAGUAAAGCGGUGGCGAUUCUGGCGCCAGCGAAUGUUAGUAAACUUCUGAAGAGUAAAGAGGCCGCCCAUUCCAUCGAUUCGAAUGCGUGGCCCAUGAUUUUGGAUUUGGAGGAUGCGCCGAGUUCGUGGAGGCGUAAGAAUACGGUAGCCAGUGAUACGACGACAUCUGGAAGUUCCGGCGCCGCGUCGAAAGAUGAGAUAUGCUACCUGGAUUUCUCUAUCAACUCAUCCGGUCAACUUCAAGGAUCCUCCAUGUCAGAGGCCUCCGCGAUUACUGUAUGCAAGAGUGUCAAAGUGUCCUCUGAGUUAUACCCGAGUCGCCAUGUGGUCGUCUGCGCUCCACCGUACUCGGGGAUCUCGCUGGUGUUAUGGUGUCUAUCUUCCGUUUAUAGUGGACAUCAUACCACAUUAAUCCCCCCAAGCGAAGUUGACGCCCAGCCAUCGCUAUUCCUUACGACACUAUCGAAUCUUAAAGUUCGAGAUGCGUUCACCACGUACUCUACUAUCAAUUCGUGUGUCACACAGCUUGCCACGUCGGUGGAGAGUCUAAAGGAGCGUGGUUGCAACCUUGCGAUGUUGAGAAGUUGUGUGGCGAUUGCGGAGGAACGCCCACGGAUUGCUCUAAUGAAUUCGUUCUGCAAACUUUUCGCCCCAUUGGCUCUCAAUAAUAGAGCGAUUUCCACCUCGUUCUCCUCGAGAGUCAACGCGGCGAUUUGUAUGCAAGGAGCGUCUGGUCCGGAGCCCUCCACGGUCUAUGUGGAUGCCAGAGCUCUCCGUAAUGAUCGGAUAUCCCUUGUGGGGAAAGGAGCACCGCAUAGUGUCGCACUGAUAGAAAGUGGAAAGCUGCUUCCCGGUGUGAAGAUUGCCAUCGCCAACCCGGAGACCCGAGGGCAAUGCGCCGAUUCGCAUCUUGGAGAGAUUUGGGUGGCCAGUGUGCACAACGCGUCGCCACUUAACAGAACGGGCGGUGCGGCGUUCACCGAAGAAGUCAAUACUGACGUGUACAACGCGCGGCUCACGACGGGCGAUACGAAGACCCGAUGGGCGCGUACCGGUUAUCUCGGAUUCCUACGACAAACUCAAUCGAUAACGGAACACGGGGAGCUUCAUGACGCCGUUUUCGUCGUCGGAGCACUCAAUGAGAGUCUAGUUCUGCGUGGAAUGAGAUAUCAUCCGUUCGAUGUGGAGAGUACCGUAUCGAAGGCGCAUCGAUUUGUUGGAAAUUCUGCCGUGUUCACAUGGAACCAUCUGGUUGUCAUUGCCGCCGAGUGUACUGGAACAGAAUCAGACGCUUUGGAUCUGGUGCCAGCAAUCACAUCGGCCGUCUUAGAAGAGCAUCAUCUUAUCGUCGGAGUCGUCGUCGUCGUCGAUCCGGGAUCAAUUCGACACGGACCGGGCGGCGAGAAGUUGAGAAGUACCAUACGGUCACUGUUUUUGGAGGAGAAACUCAAUCCCAUUUAUGUCGCUUAUCAUAUGUAG